UCGAAGUAUACUUACGAGAGCGCGCGAGCCUAGCUGGCGAGCGAACGAGCGAACGAACGAACGAACGAACGCGCGACCGACCGAUCGAGCGAACGAACGAAGUGGGACCGCAGAAAAUAAUCGGAGAGGUGGGGGCUGAUUCAAGAAUCGACGUGGACACCCUCGCCUUCCAAAGUCAUUCACCUAACGGUCAUCGUGGCGUCAAGAAUCUUCUCCAUGUUUCGCUUCUUCUGUCACAUCUGCUUCCGUUAUCCGGUCGGAGUCGAGAAAUAUCGUUGGACUUUUCCCGGUUAGUGUUCUUUAAACAGCUGACAAAAGCGUUCGGACCGCCCGGUUGCUUCUCUUCCAAGGAUACCAAAGAGACAACGGGUGCGGGUUCGGUUUCGUUCGCAAAGCGAUCCAGAAUCGGUGCACCGCCAGAAACCGCACCGCCGAUUUUCCCGCGCAGCGCCAUGCCGAGCCUCGUGCCACGCGCCGAACAGUGAAAACGCUCGCCGGAGAUUUGUGAUUGGGACCAAGUGAUCGUGAUUACCGUUCGUCAGUGAUCGCUCGAUCUCGCGCGGACUUCCCAAAAAUUGGCAGCCGACGCUACGGUGGCUGGGGCCGAUCGAUCAGUGUGUCACGAAUCUGGAUGCGACAGUUACGAAACACAAUAUGGUGACGAAGUGUUGGAUAGUGUGCCGCUUUUGAUGUAUACCGACCACCAUUGAUACCGCCGUUGAGGACUGCCCGGGAAACGUGAACGUUCUUACUGUCAAGAUGAACCAACAGUGCAAGGUGUGCGGCGAGCCCGCGGCCGGCUUCCACUUCGGCGCGUUCACCUGCGAGGGUUGCAAGUCCUUCUUCGGUCGAUCGUACAACAACCUAAGCAGCAUCACCGAGUGCAAAAACGGCGGCAAGUGCGUGAUCAACAAGAAGAAUCGGACCGCCUGCAAGGCAUGUCGUCUGCGCAAAUGCAUCAUGGUCGGCAUGUCGAAGUCCGGCUCGCGAUACGGUCGUAGGUCGAACUGGUUCAAAAUCCACUGUCUGCUACAGGAACAACAACAACAGCAACAACAACAUCAACAGCAGCAGCAGCAACAACAACAACAGCAACAGCAACACCACUUCCAGCAAACUCUGCCGAAUCAAUCCUUGGCUCAUCAACAGGGGAAACCCAUGAGCCCGCCCAUCGGCAUCCACGCGGCGCAGCGGAAAGACGAUGUGCUCAUGCUCGGCCUAGACGACUACAAGAACUCGAGUUCGCCGAGCAUAAGUUCCCCGGAGUCGCAUAACAGCGACAGCUCCGUGGAGAUAUCCGAGCGGCGGGCCGCAUUCUCGGGACACCCUGGUUUCCGGCCGUUGCACUCGCACCUGCAACCCUCGGUGGCCGAUCUGUCGGCGCUGAGCAAGGAAAUGAUGACCUUGCCGUUGGGUUUCCAUCUGAGCGGAAUGUCUCUGAUACCUCCUGCCUUCCUGCCGCCCCAAAGCCUCACAAUGUUCUCUCCGUACCAUUUGUACGCUUCACACGGCGCGUCCCACCCUCUUGUACCCAACCAUUCCUCGAAUCUCCUUCGACACUCGCCUGCGAUCGAGGACAUCACGAACGCAGUCUCCGCCACAACGACCACCACCACCAGCACGGUCGACGUCGACGGCAAGGAGGUUUGCGAGUAUAAUAACAACAAUAACGACAGAUACGCCCACAAUCACAACGUGCUGGCGUCCAGGCAAACUUCUUCGCCAAACAUAGACACCGGAGAAACGUACACGAAGAGAUUUUACUUGGACGCGGUGCUGAAGAGACAACGAACGCAGCCGGGAAACUCCCCGCUGCCUAUCAAGGGUUCCGAGGACGCUUCGCCUACCGGCUCCCCGGAACCGGAAGCGGACUGCACGCCACCACAAGACGAUCCCAUGGACCUGUCCAUGAAGGCCACGACCAUGAAGAACAAGACGGAGGAAGCCGACGAAAUCGAUAUGGGGAGCGUGAGCGAUCGGAGCAGUCCGCCGCUGAAAAAGGGGAAACCGAUUGACCUGACAACGAGAUCAUAGAGAUAAGACUUUCAGGUCGAGCUCUACGACCCGGUUAGCCCGGUUAGGCCGGUGUAAUAAGCUUCGAGCCGAUGUUUGUUUACGCAAUGACGGAAAGCGAUCGGCGUGUCGAGAGUUGGAAGCAGUUGUAUCGAUUCCGAAUAGAACGCUUCAGCUGGUAUUGGCCCGAUUCUAGGGUGCCAGGGUAAAGGAAUCGCGCGUUCGAAGGACAAAUCGUUCGCGCCCGAAUGGUCUCGCGGGAAUCGCGCGAUCCGCGUAAACAGCGUCGCGACUCGGCAUGGCUCGAGGGAAGAAUGAAGGAUUAACGUCUCAAUUCCGGGUAAUCACGGUGAGGAUCGCUAGUCGCCGAUCGAUGGCUGGUUGCGCAAAAGCCAAUCGACUUUAACGAGAGUCCUCCGGUUUAAUUAACGAGCGCGCGCUCGUUCCCGGGCCGCGGUAAUCGUGCGAUGGAGCGAGAUGGCAGCGCGCGGCGCGGCGUGGCGCGGCGCGGCGUGGCGCGGCGCGGCGUGUGACGCGUUCGCAGAAGCGGGAGAGCGACGGAGCCGGUGCAUCGGUUGAUAAACACGUCAAACUGCGGGGUGCACGUGUUCGGAACGUGCGUUACAAACCGGCGUACACGUGUAGAACGUUGCCAACCGCUUUAUCUUACAAGCGUUCGACGCCUGCCAAUGUAAACGCCUCCGUCGCCACCGCUCCGCGCCGCCUCUUCUCUGCCGUUGUCCCAAGCCUAUUCGCGCUCGCCGCGAAGAAUCUUCGCCGAUACGAGGACCGUUCUCGGCGGGAGAAGAUCCGCGGGGUCCGUCACGGAGAAAUACCCGUGUGGCGCGGGAAUUUCGGUAAAAUUCCUGUACUCGCCGGCAACCACCCCGGCAAUCCGCUUUGCCAGCCGCGCGGACGAUACUUUUCCCGCCUCCUUGGUCCGCGCCUCCGAGCCUAGACUCGUCGAACACAGAUUUGCUUUUAGCACGGCUUCAGGACCUGCCGCGGUCCGCGCCAACCCGAUGACGCCUCGCCGGCCCUAAAAUGUUAGCGCCGAUCGGUUGGCGACGAGACGGGGGACUUCUGAAGAAUGUCCCAUGACUAAGAAUAUACCGAGCGAUCUCACACGUGGGAAAGGAACAGGGAUGAUCCCGAGAUGAUAGAGAAUUUGAUGUGCGUUUAGCUCCGUCUCCUUUUGUUUUGGAAUCGGGAACCUCGCUCCGAGGGAACCGAUUUUGUUGUUUGUUUUGUUGAAUGAUUGACGAUGAACUUCGAUUCUGAUGAAACGUGAGACGUUUUUGUGGCGAUGUUCGUGAGAUUAACGGUCGUAGAGCUUUGUCAUGUAAUGGUAUUUACGAUCCUGUAUAUAGAUUUUGUACAUACGUAGGCAGUUAAUGUUUUCCCGAAAGUAUUUUAUUCAUUAAUGACGUUGAACGAGAACGUCUCUUUAUUGUCAACGACACAACGCAACGACGAUUUUAUUAACGACUUUCUAUACACAUAUGCUUCGUUAGCUACUUGUUAUCAAGGAUUAUCCAGGUAGUCAAUAAAUGGCCAGUAUUUUAUGUUUUGGUUGAAUGUUGUUAAUCGCAUCUUAGACACUGAUUUCGGACACGUGCAAUUGUAGAUGUAUGGUAUUUAAUUAAGUCCCACGGGCGGCGCGUGAGGACACUGUAGGACCCUUGAUUCGUACCGAAGUAUCUCAAUUAGCGAUUAAGAAGGGUAUGAAAGUGUGUAGAUGAGACGCGAAUGGGACCCGGGCCAGUACUUACUUGUACAUGAACUAACGAAUUACACUGUUCAGAGUAAUUGAAUGAUCUUCGAACGAAGCGGAGGAUAUUGCGUAUGAGAACAUUAGAUUUUGUCGAAGCGAUGUCGAAGUUGUUAUGUCGAAGUUAUGUUAAGGUUAUGUUAAGUUUAUAUCGAUCAAGAUUAUUCAUUGUAAAUUUUGUCGAUCAUUUGUUACCAUGUUCGAGCGAACGAUCCUCCAAUUAUCCUGAACAGUAUAAUUUCGUUGUUUAAAAUAACUUUGUAAAUCGACCGCGGCACUAUUGCGAGUUUUUAAAAUAUAAAUAUAUUAUUAUACCUUUAAUUUAAAUCUCUCGGCGUUCACACGUUACUACAACUAAUCUCUAGACUGUUAGGCCAAUUACGAAGCCAUGCUGUUGUUUUACAAGUAAAGUACAAAUCCACCAAUCCCUGGGCCCUAUACUUGUAAAUACUCGGUAAUAAAAAAAAGUAAUCUACUCGGAAACUUUCAUUAGAGAAAAUAACCCGUGUUUCGAUGUAUCGCUGCUUUUGGUGACGUUCAGGCUAGCCGAGAAACCGACUUGCAAACGCGUCGACCAUUAAAUCGUAGAAUUAGCGAUUCAUUAGAGAUACGGAAGCCAACACACUGCCACGUUGAACUACUUAAACGCGCGAAACUAGGACGACCAAACGCGCUGUCGUCAGUUUUAUACAAACAACGAAGAAAAGCCAAUUGAAAAAAAGAAACAUUUGUCGAUAUAUGCAACUGAUUCGAGAUUCGAUGUAUAAUUUUAAAAUUUUAUGUUUCAGGACGAUUACGUUUCAAACGCUUGCAGUACUCCAUUAAUUUUAAGUAGACGAUUAAUAACAAUUGGAAAUGAAAAGUGAAAUAAAGAUGUUAAUGUUUAUACGAA